AUGGGGCUUGUGCCCCUACCCCCACCGCCUGCAGCGUCCGAAAUUGACGUAGAGGCUGGUCCAUCUGUCCGUUCACUGAUAUCCAGUCAGGACACCACAGCGACUACACCGCCCACAUCCCCGUUACCUGAACCAAUACGCAGUCGCAAACGGAGGAGAAACUCGCUCAAUGAUGAAUUAUCGUCUGACAGUGAAUUCCUGCCAUCUCAGAAUACAGCUUCUACUUCUGCAUCAAGGUCUACCGUGUCGCUGAGAGGAGGUGGGAAAAGGCCGCCUAAAUCGAGAAGGCAAGGUCAAGCUCCCAAUUCACAAGCGUCAUCGACACACGGUCAUACGCAAGCAAGCAGAAGGACAACCAGAUCAAAAGCUAAAAGAGCUUCAAGUCCUUCAGAUCUGGUAACUACGUCUUUAGAAGAGAUAGCUUUGGAAGAUACAGCCGUCAAGAGUGAAAUCACACGACUAGGAUUGACAUUGAGAGAUGUCAAAGGCGAUGGAAAUUGUCUAUUCAGAGUAUUAUCUGAUCAAGGCUUUGGAGGCGAGAAACGUCAUGCUGAGAUCAGAAAGCUUGUUUGCGAUUACUUGGAGUCGCACAAAGAUGUAAUGGAAGGUUUUGUGGUUCCUUUCAUGAAGGAUGGAGAAGGAUACGAGGGGUAUGUGGCUAGGAUGAGGCAAUUGAAACAAUUUGGAAGUCACAUUGAGAUUCAAGCUGCUGCAAGAGUAUUCAAGAGAAAUAUCAGGGUUGUCAUGUCAACUACUUCAUUCACCAUUCCUUGGCAGACCGAAGCUACCUAUGCAAGAGAUCCACCUGCGACACCUACACCGGCUGAUGUUGGGCCUGUGCCAACCACACCUUCCCAUCGUACUCGUUCCAGAGGUGUACACCCUACUCAGAUCCCUUCUGCCUCAUUGCCAGACUACCUGCCAUCCGUCAAGGACAGUUCAUCGAUGCUAUGGUUAGCAUUGUUCUCCCAAGCAGAGCACUUUCAAUCAGUUCGAAGAAUGGGCGAUCGUGAACACGGUCCAGCAGAGAUAGAGGAUCGUUUAUCUGUCCCACAUGUCCGUGACGUUUCUGAAGCUGCUCGAAGGGAACGUGGAGAAUUAGUAGAGGAAAAGAAGACCAAGACACCUGUAUCAAAUUCCGCCAAAACUACUCAAUUACUAGCUAGUCUACCUCCAGGCCACGAGAUUACACCUGAGCAUGCUGAAAACACACUAAGCCGUACUCGCGGUGAUCUAGGAGAAGCUGUUGACAUACUGUUAGAAGAGAUUGAACAAGAAAAAGAGGGUCAAUCUAUCAGUACUUUGCAAAGCGAUUCAGGCUCGAGCGAUCAUGUUGAGCAUAUGCUGCUCUCUCCAGUCGUCGAUGCCCCUGCACCACCACCCAAUAUCGAACCACACAGAAGGAUGAGCGACUACAGAUCUGUUACACGGUCAAGAUCGAACACACCUUCCACUAGUCCAGCUACCACUUCCACCGAAUCAAGAUCGCAUUCUACGUCUAGAUCAAGAUCAAGAUCGGAUAGUAAUACCUCAAUACAGUCUGGACAUACUAGUCAAACUGAGUUGCUAGAAAAGAACGACUUGGCUGAAAAUUCUGAAGAUGGGCAAAGUACAGAGGAUCUGAGACAAGAUCUGAAAGAAAUGCAAGUACACUUUGGUCAUGGUCCCGACUCCGGACACUAUAGUCUAGUCAAGGGAGAUGGGCUACUCAAACAGACUGAUAUUCUGCACCGAAAGAAAGAGAGGAGUUCACUCAGUAGAGGCAGAAAUGAGAGGAGAAGAUCGAGCAGAUUAGGCGUAGUGGGCGCAUGA